AGAGCGCUGGUAGGUAGGCCGCAUUUGCACUGAAGCCUCAGUAGGCAGCACGCGGCAUCCUUGGAGCGAUCGACGCCGCUCCCUAUAUCCGCGGUGGCGCACGCGCAUCCCUAAGUGUCGCUUACGGUGACGAUGAUAAGCACCUACCAGUGACUUCGCCAUAUAUCUCGUUAACGUGAUCUCAUAUCGGACUAUUAUUUUAAAAGUGAAACUCCAAGUGAAAAUAAUCGAAAAUGGGGUUAGAUUUCUUAGAGCAUGGGGCGGACUUUGAAGCCGCCAUUUCGGCUACGGGUUUCGGUCGCUUCCACUUUUGCCUGCUUGCGGUCACGGGGCUGAUCUACGCUAACACCGCCAUUGGAAUCACAAUAGUGUCGUUCGUGCUACCGUCGGCGACAUGUGAUUUCCGCAUGACUUCUGCGGACAAGGGCUGGCUUACAGCCGCGCCUAUGUUGGGUAUGGUCAUUGGUUCAUAUUUCUGGGGUUGCUUGGCUGAUACAAAGGGCCGUAAGGUUGUAUUAGUAUCAACCCUACUACUUGACGGCGUGGUCGGUAUCAUCUCAUCGUUCGUCCAGAUCUUGCCCAUAUUCAUGGCUUGCAGAUUCGUCAAUGGUUUUGCCGUUGCCGGUGCUAUGGGUAUCUGCUUCCCGUACCUGGGAGAGUUCCAACAGACCAAAUACAGAGAGAAAAUCCUCUGCUGGAUGGAAAUGUUCUGGACUCUCGGUGUCAUCUUGCUUCCCUUGAUCGCCUGGGGCAUCAUUCCAAUCCAAGGCAUCCGCGUUGAGAGCGGUGCAUUCUCCUACGACUCGUGGAACUGGUUCGUUGCUGCUUGUGGUGUUCCCUCCCUUCUCCUCGGUUUCUGGCUCUUCUCGUUCCCCGAGAGUCCCAAAUUCAUGAUGGAGUGCGGAGACUACGACGAUGCCCUGAAAUGCCUGAAGAGCGUCUACAGACAAAACACCGGUGACGAUCCGGAUAAUUAUCCGAUCAAGAGUCUAAAAGAGAAGGUGCGAACUGUGUCCGUUGCAUCGCAAAGCUCCCAGAAAUCCGUCAGAAGCCUUAGCAUGCGCAAGCGGAAGGAUCUGAAACGUUUAUUCACUGAGAUUUGGACCCAGACCAAGGCUCUCUGCAGACCACCAUACCUCAAAUACACUAUCUUGACUUGCCUGAUUCAAUUCGGCCUGACCACAAGUUACUACACCUUGAUGAUCUGGUUCCCCGAGCUGUUCAACCGUUACGAAGAGUUCGAACAUCGUUUCCCCAACACAUCAGCUUCGGUUUGCGAUGUGUCCAGCAUUGUCGUCGUUGACGAAGCAUCGUCUGAUCCCUUCGACUGCGAGAAGGUCAUCGACCAGAGCGUCUACAUGCACACCCUGAUUGUCGGUCUCGCCUGCAUUCCCACCUCGCUCUGGCUACCCCUCUGCGUUCAUAAGCUUGGUGCCAAAUUUUUCUUGAUUUUCAGUUUGAGUUUCGCCGGAGUGGUGACAGUCGGUUUGUACUACGUACAGAACUCCAUCCAGAAUUUGGUACUGUCCUGUAUCUUUGAAGCCCUCACCUCGCUCGCCAUCAGUCUCGUGUUCUGCGUGCUCGUCGACCUGUUCCCUACAAAUCUCAGGGUAAUGGCUGCCGCGUUAUCGCUGACUGCUGGUCGAGGUGGAGGUCUGAUAGGAAACCUUUCGUUCGGUUACCUUAUCGACUUGGCUUGUGUCGUACCAAUUGUUGUAUUCUCAGCAUUUUUAUUCAUUGCUGCUAUACUCUGCUUCUUCUUGCCAAAGACGGGACAGGAAGCCUUGGACUAAACAUUAUUUACAUAGUGCAAUUAGAAUUUGUGAAUCGUAGCUAUAAUGAGUGAUUGUACAUAUCAUUUAAGAUGUAAAUAAUGAAGACAAGUAUUAUUUAUUGUGUCGCUAUUAAGUUCUUUCAUCUCGUACGCACUUGUUACCGUUUACUGUGUGAUACAGUAUAUGAUGUUUCUUAGUAAAUUUAAGAACAAAUGAACAUAACAGUAUUUUAGUGUUGACUGUGUAAUAU